AUGAUAGGAAAAAUACAUUACCAAUUGAAUAAAAUUUCAAGAAUAAAAUUAAGAUGUAAACAAUGUUUUAGAUUUCUUCAACGCAUUACAUGCAAAAUAAUUGGAUUAUCGCCCUGGACAGUUGAUGACAAUAAUAUAUACAGUGUUUCGUUCGUCGGGUUAUAUUAUAAUAUUUUAUAUUGUAUUAUUUUAUCAGUAUGGAGUCUACAUGGUGUGUUCAAUGAUCCACCUGCCACUUCUCCUGCAGCAUCUCUUUUUAUAGUAUUAAAAAGAAUUCUGUUCGUUGCACUGGUAUCUUCAAUUUUGAUUCCGCUGUAUUACAUCGCUUUUGUUCAACAAAAGCGACUAAUAAGUGUUUAUAAUCGGUUCGCAAAAGUCGACGAAAUCUUAAAAAAGUGCGCCAAUUAUGAAUUAAGACGCAAUUGCACUAAUGAUGUUAUUUUCAGUGUAAAUUUUGUAACAAUUGUUUUUUUGGUGGUGAUUUCGGAUAUGUGCUAUUAUAUACCAAGUAGAGUUUUGUUUGGAUGUUUUCCCAGUGUAAUUGGGGGAUGUGUAAUGAUUCAGUAUGCAAUGCUGCUUAAUAAAAUAGACAGCAGAUUUAAGAGCAUAAAUUCCGUUAUUUUGAAUAUUAGUGAGCCAAAAAUAAGUUAUGAGUGUCAAUUUCGUGAAUCAAUUUUGUACGAUAUCGAUAAUCUCCAAAAAGCAUACAUGGAACUGUACGAAAUGUGCUAUGACGCUGCUAAAUUUUAUGGAAUUUCUAUUAUAAUUGCCAUUUUGUGUUGUGCAGUAAGAGUAAUCUUCACUUUAUAUAUAUUAAUCUUGUCAGCAGUUUACUAUCAAGAGAAUUACUCUCCUAUAUGGCACGUUAUAGGAUUUCGUUUCUUUUGGGUCGUUUUUUUGUUUGUAGUUUUCACUUUAAGUACAACUGAAAUGAAAAAACAGGUACGGAAAAAUUUGAUAAAUUUACACUUUAUGAAUAUUGUUUUUUUGAUCGGGAUGAUUCGAAGAUAG